AACUGUUAAAGUAGCUGAAUUUAUCUUCCCUGAGUCGAUAACUGAUCAUUCUUAUCCCAAGUUGACUAUGAAUUUCCUUGUUGCUUUUCUAUGUUCUCAUUUUACAUUAUUCAAUAUAUUUUGUUCAAUAGUUACAAUUUGGUUAACUAUUUCUGUUCUUCGUAAUUUUAUGUUUCUAUAUCGAUUAACUCGAUUCCCGACGUUUAAAUCAGUUAAAACAAUUAUAGAGUUUCUUUAUUCAUAUGCACGUGGUGACUCGAAUAUCCAUCUUAAAGUGUACAAUGAACUAGAAUCUUAUAUGGAGAAGUAUGGAUAUUGUGUAAUUUGGCUUCCAUCAUUUCCUAUUAUUUUUAUUGGUCGACAUGAUCGAGCUCAAGAAAUUGUUGGUAAACCAGCGAUAAUUGAUAAGAGCGCGAUCUUUACCCAAUCUAUAAUAUUUUUCGGCGACGGGUUAUUUUCAUCGAAAGGUGAGAAAUGGAAGUCUCGUCGUCAAUUGAUUCAACGACAGUUUUCUACACUUUCAAUUUCAAACUAUCUUGAAACUAUUCGUUCGCUCUCGGUAUCUAUCAAUAAAUCAAUUAAACAAUCGAUGCUGAAUGAAAAUUCAUCAGGUAGUCCGAUGGAUGUAAGAGGCUUUUUUUCACUUCCGACAAUGUCAAUGAUCGUUAGUACAGUUUCUGAUGUCGAGCUUCCUGAUGAUGAGUUGUCUUUUCUCAGCAAAGCGAUGGAGAGAUUUAUUUAUGAAACUCUCUGUCGAGUUUAUCUACCGUUACUGAAUCAUGAAGCUAUUUAUAAAACUUAUUCAAAAAUCACUGGUGUUCAGAAGAUGAUUGAUAAAACUAACCAAAUUUUGAUUCCUAUUAUAAGAGCUAAAUAUGAUGAAAUCAAAUCGGAUUUAAUGGUCCAAUCAAAUAUUGGAGACGAUCUUCAAGAUUUAGCUGAUUUGAAAUUGAAUGAACACAAAAAUGAAUCAAUUGGUGAAAUAAAAAAGGCGAAAUGUUUAUGUGAAUUUCUUUUAAGAACUUGGAUUGAGCCUGGAACUGGAUUAACACCAGAAAUCGAAUCAGCCAUUUUGGAAGAAAUGAAAGUCGUAAUAGCUGCUGGCUCAGAUGGACCAGAAACUCUAAUGACUUGGCUCAUUUAUAUUCUUGGCUGUUACCCUGAGUAUCAGGAAAUGAUUUAUGAAGAGGUUGAAAGUAUUGACAUUGAAAACUGGACAAUUGGGACUGUCAACAGUUUUUCGUUUCUCGAUCAGUGUUUUAAAGAGGCUCUUCGACUUUAUCCUGCAGCUCCAUUUAAAGUUCGAGCUACUGAACAUGAACAAAUUGUCGAUGAUAAGAUUCUGCCUAAAGGUACGAAAAUUAUAGUCAGUAUCUUAACCAUCUUGAAAGACCCAAAGAUUUUCCCUGAACCCUUUGAAUUUAAACCUCAAAGAUUUUCACCUGAUGCACAGCCGAAAAUUCCCGCUGGUGCUUAUAUACCAUUCGGCUUAAGACCAAGAGAUUGUAUCGGCCAAAGAUUGGCUCCAUUUUACAUAAAGUUCAUUAUUGGAACGAUAAUAAAAUCAUAUAGAUUUAAGUCCCAUCGAAACUGGAAAGACAUCGAUUAUAAAUGGAUUUUUACAAUUAAACCAACAAAUUCAUUGAACAUGACAUUUAUGAAAAGGGAAUGUACUUGCCAGAUGAAAGUAUAUCAACAAGAAAAAAGAUCUGAGUUUUUUGUUAUAAAAGUAACUGUAAGUGUUAAAGUAGCUGAAUUUAUCUUUCCUGAGUCGAUAAUUGUUCAUUAUUUUCUUCAGUUAACUAUGAAUUUCCUUGUUGCUUUUCUGUGUUCUCAUUUUACACUAUUCAAUAUAUUUUGUUCAAUAGUUACAAUUUGGUUAACUAUUUCUGUUCUUCGUAAUUUUGUGUUUCUAUAUAGACUAACUCGAUUCCCGACGUUUAAAUCAGUCAAAACAAUUAUAGAGUUUCUUUAUUCGUAUGCACGUGGUGACUCGAAUAUCCAUCUUAAAGUGUACAAUGAACUUGAAUUUUAUAUGGAGAAGUAUGGAUAUUGUGUAAUUUGGCUUCCGUCAUUUUCUAUUAUUUUUAUUGGUCGACAUGAUCGAGCUCAAGAAAUUGUUGGUAAACCAGCGAUAAUUGAUAAGAGCGAGAUCUUUACUCAAUCUAUAAUAUUUUUCGGCGACGGGUUAAUUUCAUCAAAAGGUGAGAAAUGGAAGUCUCGUCGUCAGUUGAUCCAACGACAGUUUUCUGCACUUUCAAUUUCAAACUAUCUGGAAACUAUUCGAUCGCUCUCGAUAUCUAUAAAUAAAUCAAUUGAACAAUCGAUACUGAAUGAAAAUUCAUCAGGUAGUCCGAUGGAUGUAAGAGGCUUUUUUUCACUUCCAACAAUGUCAAUGAUCGUUAGCACGGUUUCUGAUGUUGAGCUUCCCGAUGAUGAAUUGUCUUUUCUCAGCAAAGCCAUGGAGAGAUUUAUUUAUGAAACUCUCUGUCGAUUUUUUCUACCGUUACUGAAUCAUGAAGUUAUUUAUAAAACUUAUUCAAAAAUCACUGGUGUUCAGAAGAUGAUUGAUAAAACUAACCAAAUUUUGAUUCCUAUUAUAAGAGCUAAAUAUGAUGAAAUCAAAUCGGAUUUAAUUGUUCAAUCGAAUAUUGGAGAGGAUAUUCAAGAUUUAGCUGAUUUGAAAUUGGAAGAUCGACACAAAAAUGAAUCAAUUGGUGAAAUAAAAAAGGCGAAAUGUUUAUGUGAAUUUCUUUUAAGAACUUGGAUUGAGCCUGGAACUGGAUUAACACCAGAAAUCGAAACAGCCAUUCUGGAAGAAAUGAAAGCGGUGAUAGCUGCUGGCUCAGAUGGACCAGAGACUUUAAUGACUUGGCUCAUUUAUAUUCUUGGAUGUUACCCUGAGUAUCAGGAAAUGAUUUAUGAAGAGGUUGAAAGUAUUGACAUUGAAAACUGGACAAUUGGGACUGUCAACAGUUUUUCAUUUCUCGAUCAGUGUUUUAAAGAAGCUCUUCGACUUUAUCCUCCAGUGCCAUUUAAAGUUCGAGCUACUGAACAUGAACAAAUUGUCGAUGAUAAGAUUCUACCCAAAGGUACGAAAAUUAUAAUCAGCAUCUUAACCAUCUUAAAAGACCCAAAGAUUUUCCAUGAACCUUUUGAAUUUAAACCUCAAAGAUUUUCACCUGAUGCUCAACCGAAAUUUCCCGCUGGUGCUUAUAUUCCAUUCGGCUUACGACCAAGAGAUUGUAUCGGUCAAAGAUUGGCUCCGUUUUACAUAAAGUUCAUUAUUGGAACAAUAAUAAAAUCAUAUAGAUUUAAGUCACAUCGAAACUGGAAAGAUAUCGAUUAUAAAUUGAUUUUUACAUUUAAGCCAGCAAGUUCGUUGAACAUGACUUUUAUGAAAAGGAAAGAAAACCAAUAA